AUGACCGAGACGCCCAACCGUUUAUUCGCUCUGCCCGAUGAGCUGCUUGAAGCAAUUGUUUCAUACUUACCACCGACGGCCACACUCUGCUUCGGCACGACAUCCCGCCGAGCGAACAAAAUCACAUACGAACCUUUGGUAUGGCGUCGCCACUGCACCAGCACAUGGCGGUACUGGGAAAAGAGCCAUGUGCUAGAAGAGAGGCUCGAGCUUCCACCGACCCGGACUAAAUGGCGGCACUUGUUCAAUGAGCGACGGAGGAUUGAUCGAGAGGCGCAAGAGCUAUUCGAUCAGAUGCUUACGACACAGCAAUGGCGAUUCGAACGAAUGGAGAAGAUCGCCUCCUGGGGAUACGAUGUCAAAGACUUGCUACUACAGCUAAGAGAUGCAACGCCGGACGAUGCAGAAGAUGCCUUGUGCCGACGAUACUAUGCCAAUGCGAUCUUGGGGCAAGUACAUCGAGCAACGGCUUUGGAGAAGUGGACGCGCUUGCAGAAGAGACAGAUGGUGCGGCUGGAGGAGAUACUAGGCGCAUACGAUCUUUUCGUUCUGAGUGGCGAGAAGGGAGACUUGGAUGAUAUGGAUCGCGAGUUCGACAGGCUCGCAGCAGCUAUCAGGGCACGGGAUGAUGAAUUCGACGAUCUCCCAAUUCGAAGAAAGGCAGUACAAAUUGCCAAAUUCUUGAGAAGUGAGAACCUGGUGGGCAACCCAAGCGAGGACGACUAUCACGCAUUGAGGAAUAACUUCAUCAGCAUGGCCUUGUUUGAUGAGGUACAUACUUCAUUACCUCUGCAGAGUGUCGCCAUCUACUGUGCAGUGGCGAGAAGACUGGGCGUCAACGCAAAGCCAUCGAACUACCCUCAACACGUUCACGCAGUCAUUGAAGCUCCCGCAGAUCAAACUCUUGAUGGCAGACCCAAGAUACCCACGCAAGGCGACGAGCCAGAGCUGAUGCAUAUGGAUCCGUGGCGUACCUCUGAAGAGGUUCCAAAUGAACACCUCACGCUGCGACUCCUACAAAUGGGGGCUCCUGCACAGCAGCACCAUCACCAUCUCGGUGCCACAUCUACUCUCGAAAUCGCCAUGCGGACCAGUCGCAACAUUAUGCAUUCUGUACAAGAAUCUCGCGAACGCCAACGAGGCAUCUCAAGACGUGUUACACAUCCUGACAUUGAAGCAGCCUGGUACAGCAUGCUCUGGUCCAUGCUUGUGCUAGGCGACUCCAACUCAGCCACGACCCUGCACCGCCGUCGCCAAUGUCUCCCGUACCUCGUCGACCACUUCCAAGCACACUUCCCGGAGGACAUCGGUCUGAUUGAGAAAUUUAUACCACCCAUGUUUGAAUCUGAACGAGAACACAACAUCCUGAUGCACCUCAUCACGACAGCACGCACCGCCGAUAGAAAUCGCAAAGCACCCAGCGAAAGAAACGAGCGAACCGAAAGCGUGAGGCUCAAGAUCGGCACACACUUCAAACACCGCCGCUACGGCUACGAAGGCGUCAUCGUGGGCUGGGACAUCAAGUGCGGAGCGGAGCAGCGAUGGAUGGAGCAAAUGCGCGUGGAUGACCUGCCGCGAGGAAGGGAGCAGCCAUUCUACAACUCUGUGUAUGCCUCCCCGCCGAAACGCUCGACACGAGCGUACUACUACGUCGUUGGCAGUUCAGACGCUAACGCUUCUUCUCCUAGCGCGGACGACAAGUCGGUGCGGUAUGUAGCGGAGGAGAACAUCGAGGUGGAUGAGAGUGAGCCGAGUCCGGUUUUGAUGCAGUUGGCGGGCAGGUACUUCAAGCGGUGGGAUAAGGAGGGGAGGACAUUCGUGUCGAAUAUCAAAGAUGAGUAUCCCGAUGAUUAG